ACUGUGCCCGUCAAUCCCAAGCCGUUUCUGAACGAUCUCACGGGCAAGCAGGUCAUCGUGAAGCUGAAGUGGGGGAUGGAGUACAAGGGCUACCUUGUGUCUGUGGACAGCUACAUGAACCUGCAGCUGGCCAGCACCGAGGAGUACAUCGACGGCCAGUUCACGGGCAACCUGGGCGAGGUGCUCAUUAGGUGUAACAACGUCCUCUACCUGCGGGGAGCGCCAGAGGAGCAAGAAGCAGGUUGA